AUGUCCGGCUACGACCAAUACAACCAGGGCUACGGCCAGCAAGGCUAUGGUCAGCAGGGCCAACAGGGCUACGGCCAACAAGGCUAUGGUCAGCAGGGCCAGCAGGGCUACGGCCAGCAGGGUUACGGCCAGCCCCAAUACGGCGAGCAGCAAGGUUACGGCCAGCAGCAGCAUCAGCAUCAGCAUCAGCAGGGGCAGAGCUCCGGUGACUACUACGGUGGCCAGCAACAGCACGGCCAGGGCCAGUACGGUGGUGGCUACGACCAGCAGCAGCAGCAGCAGUACGGCCAGGACCAGUACCGCCAAGGUGGCUACGAGCAGCAGCAGGGUGCCCCCGGUGAGGCCCAAGAGGGCGAGCGUGGUCUUGCCGGCGCUCUCGCAGGCGGCGCGGCUGGUGGUUUCGCCGGCCACAAGGCCAACCACGGCUUCCUCGGAACCAUCGGUGGAGCCAUCAUCGGUAGCAUCGCCGAGGACGCGCUCAAGAAGCACAAGAACCACGACCAGAGUCCCGGCGGCCCCUCGCCCGGUCCCUACGGCGGCUCUCCCGGUCCUUACGGCCGCCCUCCCUCCAACCAGGGUAGUGGCAUGAUGGACCAGCUUGGCGGCUUCUUCAAGAAGUAG